CCCCGGCGGCAUUCUCGCGCGUCGCCGUCGAGCAGACGACGGCGUCCGCGGUCUCCCGUGUGCGCGUAGAAGCGGCGGGGGGGUAGCUGCGCGCGCAUGCGCGGAAGAGGCUCGGGCCCGCUGGCAUCGGCGGCGGGGAGGCUUGCCAAGAUGGCGGCCUGCGGAUCGGUGCGAGGUCGUCGCUGAGGCCGCGGUCAUGCGGGAGCCCUGGGUCCCGCGGCUGGGGCGCCCUUCGGUUGACCCACGAGCGUGCUGCGACACAGCGCCCACGAACUAUGCCCUUGGCGCCUAGGCAUGGGACGGCACCUUGGGAAGCGCUUCUCGGGCGGCUCGUGCUCUGCGCCGCCCUGUGUGUGUGCCGCGGUAGCGGCAGCGGCAGCGGCGAGCUGCCUCCUCCGGCCGAGCCACCCGUGUCGUUCCCCCCGUUCCGGUCGUCGGCGCGCUGCAACGCUUCGUGUAGCGCUGGAGCGGCAGCCGCGGCCGCAUCGUGCGCGUCGCCGCCGGCUCGGCUGCCCUUCUGCACGCACCUGCCCAUGCGGCGGCUGCUGCUCGACGCCGGCUCGUGUCAUGCCGACCGCCUCGACCGAGCGCUGCGCGCCGACCAGCUCGCCUGCCUGGUCGCCUGCGAGUUCCGCGCGCUCCUGAGCCGCUUUGACUGCCUCGGAGGCUACUCCGCCAAAUGGAACUGCCACACAUGUGCCGUGGUGUACCGCGAAUGGACUUGCGCCAUGCUGGUGCCCGUGUACGGUCCCGCGGCGGCCGAUGCCGGUCGCCGGAAGACCGCCGACGGCGGGUCGCCAGCACAAGCAGCAGCGGCAACUGCGGCACCGGCCCCGCCGCCGACGGGGACGGCAGCGGCGGCGGCGGCGGCGGAAGGGAGCCUCGUCCCGCCGCCGCCGCCGCCGCCUGCACCGUCGCCGAUGAAGCCGUGCCGCGAGUUCUGCCACCGCGUCGAGGAGCAGUGCCCUUACUUCCACCCGGCUGCCAGGGAGCAGUACGCGGGGGAGCCAGUAUUCAUAUGCAUCGACCCCAACAUCCCGGACCUACCGUCAAUCAGCAACUCGUCGUACGGGCCGCCGGGGGACUGCUACGAGCCGUGCCACGUGAACGUGUCGUUCAUGGACGACCGGCCGUGCAGCCCGGACGGUUACGGCGACCAUUUCGCCACAGCCUUGGACUCUUCUUCAGUCUCGACCACGACGGUGGCCUCCGGCCCCACGGGGUCGGUAGCUGCCGCCGACGGUGUUGGUGUUGGUGGUGUUGGUGGGGCCAGUGGUGGGGGGCGGACGCAGCACCCGUGCUGUGCGCUCUUGGUGACCGCGGUGGUGACGCUGGUGACAGUGUGGUGGGCGGCGGGCCGGACCCGCGGCCGGCACAGAACACUCUGCUCAUAGCACCGGCUGCCGCCUUCCUCCUCCUCUUCCUCCUCCGUGCCAGCAGACGACGACUGCCAGAGCGGCGACGACGCCACAGCUGCCGCCGCCAUCCGACCGCCGCAGCCGCUGACCCUCCUGGCGUAGGACGCCGGCCGCCGUGCCGGUGAGAUGCGCGCCGCCACCAACACCGACGAGGCGUCGGCGGCUGCCACUGCUGCCGGGAGGGCCCUCUCCGGGACACGAGGGUCUUCGCGUGCAACGCAAGAAAGACCAGCGCAGCCCAGCCCCAGCGCCGCCUCAGGAUUCCCUCGAGGGCAGCAACGGCAGCGGCGGUGGAAGUGGUGGCUCGGCCACGGUGGACGACGUCCCCAUUCACCGAGCAACAGCAACAACGAGUCCGCCACCACGGCACACCGCCAUCCCCCACACCACGGAAAGCGGUGCGCGACAGCCUCUCCGGGUUUCCGGCACGCAACCUCAAGCGCACCACGCACACACAAACUCGCACACACUAACGGACACGAAGAAAACAAAACUCGGAAAGCCAGACGCAAAGAGAACCCCGUCCCUGCGUGAGUGUUCCGCGGUUAGACGGUGUUUGACAAUCGGCCUCUGGUGCGAUGGGACCUCGUAUUAACAACUCACGCACGUCCGAAACGAGAGCGAGAGCUCCAGUUGUCGAUCUGCUGCCUGACGACCUAAGGCUCUGAUACUUGGUGCUCUGAUUGCCUCUUCCAGAGACUAGGAGUUGGCGAGAAAGGAGUAUUCGCAUGAUGAUGAAACUUCACCUUGUAAUCCCCGUCUUUUCCCAACAUUAACCGGAGCUAUCUCGGUUGCAGAUGUUGUAAUGUGCGGUAAUCCGGCCCCACAGCGGAAUUUCCCUGGCCGUCUAUUAAAUUUAAAAGCAGUCAACUUUUCAAUACAGCCUAUAUGCAUUCGCUACCACGUACUUUCGAUGCGCUGAGGCAUACCGGACAGUCUGUCAUAACUGUCGUUUUUGUUGCCAUUCGCGUCCCUAAAGCUAGAUAAACGCGUGCGACAUUCGUUUGGAUCGUUUGUUUCUACAUCUAAAUAAAAAAGUAUCAGUUCACAACUAUAUAAGCGUGCCAGAAUUUGCUUGCGAUUCUCGCCGAAGAAUUGAUCUGUUGUUUUUGCACCAAGCAAUGCAAUGAACCCACACGUGAGCAACAAAGGAACAGUCGUUGAAAGUAAGUGGCAAGGUCUAUGUCUAAAAAAAAAUUCGCGUGGCAAGCGAAACGUUUCCGCCUAAUAGUUGGCUGAGGUUAAGUUUGCUGUCCCAUCUGAGUAUCACAAGUGCCCAGAAGAGCUGCGUGCUUUCAAGCGGUAUCAUUCGGAUGAAGAUGAGAGAAACAAAAAAUAGAAUGUUCCCAAGCGUGCCCAGGUAUAUAGAUACGGUUGACUUUUCGAUGGGGUUCUCUGGCGUCUGGUGCGAACGCGCGGAAUAGGAAUAAAACAGGACAUAUUACGGCAAGAGGCCGAAUAAUUCAGCCUUUCGAAGGCAUAACACUCCCAUAUACAGACAAACGGAGGCAUUUAACAGGACACGCACAAAACCAAGAACACGUCGACGUAGACAGCACACACCAAACAGGAAAGAGGGAAAAAAAAACUUAAAAAAAAAACAAAAAUGAGAAGAAGGCUUCUGCUAUACAACGACGGAGGAUACCACCCUUCGUGGAACAUUUCGUUUCUUGUUACUAGUCCUUCGUCGUCUAGGUUUCGAGGUGGGCCAAUCCCAGUGCUUCCUUCGCGACGACGCCAACAACACAAAAGCGCGCCGUGCGAACACACCGCCGUGAAAGAAAAGAAAACGAGAGAGAAAGAAAAGAAACAAAACGUUGUGCCGGAGACCCGCGAGGACAAGUAGCAGUGCCGACGCUGCCGCCGCAUCAAAACAGAAGACGACGAAGACAACCCGUGUGCCUCCACUCAGCCACCGUACGACGCCAACAAAGAGAGAGCAACAUCGCCAAAAAGAAAAAAAAAGAACAGACACAGACACACACACAGUGCGGAAAGGAGACUAUGAUCCUAGUGUACAGAGACAGAGAGCCCGCCACUACAACACAUCCGAAAGAGGAAGAGGAAAAAAAAAAAACAAUUUGCACGUGUGCGAGACGGCAGCGCCGCCUCCGCUUAAGGGCUCAAGACUCUUGUGUUUCCCAUCCCCCCACCGACCUCCCGGUUAUCGGGAGAGUGAGAGAGAGACAGCUUAUACGAUAUAUAUAUCUGUACAUGUAUAUGGUGUAUAUGUAUACGUACGUGUGCUCUCAGCGCAAAGACGGGAGCAGGCUAUAGCAGCAGAAAACACCGACGAAUUCCAAAGCUAGGUCAACUCUUGCCAAUAUUUUUUCUCUUUCUUUUUUGCAUUGCGCUACACGGCCGACACGCAGGCAUAUGUGACCGCGCAGUUGGGCACACAUACACACGCGCACACACACAAAGCGAAGCUUCGGCCAGCCACGCGCGCGACGCCGCCUGGUGGCACACUCCCUCACUACUAGCUGAUUCUCGACUCGGCACACACAGGUGCUUGUGCGACCACACUUGGCCGCAAGGCAUGUUUGCUUUGUCCGUAAAGUUAUCACAAGUUCCAUUCGCAGCGUAAGCUACACGACGACUCCAGAUCGUCAAAGGAAAACCGUACCAUCGUAACUUAGAUCCGAAUUCAAAAGACCGAUCGUACGCAAGACCACGUUGUAAAAGCUGGCUGUAGCCAAUCGAGACAGCAAGGGAGAUGAGAACGAGCGCGCUCGGACAUUGCCAGGCAGUUAUGAACAAAACGGUGAAGUUGUAUAUCCUGGCCGUUUUUAACGGGCGCCAUCGUAAGGACUAUUUUAACUUCCGGUUAAAAGCACCGAGGUGUCUCAUCUAACCAGCUCGCUGCAGAAAAUACAGUCAAACUUCUGCAUAGUAACACUGCAUACAGUGAAUAUCCGCUUAUAGUGCAGUAAAUGUAACGCUUGGUUCUCAUAACGUUUAUACACUAUAUAUGACGAGAAAUAUUGAUUCAGUAAGAUUCUGGUUCCAGCAAGCCAGUAAGAACCAACACUAGCGACGUUUACAGCGUUAUAACACGUUACAAAUGCAAUCAUUGUUUUUGGCCCUUGUGUUCAUAUCCGAGCCAACCGAACCUAAAGGUCGUUAUUGGUUAGGGGUAUGGUGCGCGCAAAAGACACUGCAGUCCAGCUGCCAUGUACGUAUGUCCAUUUUUGGGCACUUCCUCGUCUUUUCAAUACCUCGAAGCAGUGCUGUUGACUGAAAUGCUAACUACGGUUGUUAAGACACACAAAAUACGGCAUAUAUUUAGAUCAUUCAUGACUGGUCUACGAUAUGAACAUUUUGCUGCACUUCAAAUUUCAAUGUAGCUCGUACGCGCAGAGCCGAGUGAGCAAGUUUUCUCGUAUGUCUUCAUGCAAACGGCGCAGCCAACCUCCAGGAGCAGCUGGUGCACGGCUUGCGUGUUUUACGACAUAGCAAACGUACAGGCCGUUCUCGCUGUGGCACCACGACCGGGUUUAAAUCACGCGGUCAGCUUUUAGUACCACGUUAAUUAUUGCUAAAAGCGCAAUAGACUGGACAGUGAUGCAACGUGGAGAAGCAAACUUUACAAAGACGAAAAAGGACGGUACGUAAACCCGCGGCCCUCAAGCGUCUUGAUCUCAGCUUGAAGCGCUGACACAGAGGAUUACAUUAACAGACACUUUGUGAUGAGAAAAAAAAAAGCACGCGAAAUGUUCGGCUUUAGGAGCGCUCCGGCUCAUGCUUUGAGAGAGACCAUUGGAAAGCGUCUGCUUGCGUUAUGCAUUUCUGUGUGAUCCGUAGGCAAGACUGAUUUCCGGAACAGCAGUGGCUGGCAAGGAGAAGGUUUCGCUUCCUCAAGAUCCCCGGCCGACAAGUCUACCUCAAUCCUCGUAUCAUGGCGCCGAUCAGUGAAAGCACGGUAUAACGACACGUUAUCACAUAAAUUCGGCAGUCUCGAGUGAAGUAGGAAAAAAAGAUAAAGAAAAGGUGGAGAGCUUGGAAAGGUGCGUUAGGAAAGCGAGUCCUUGCAGAGCAGCGUAAAAGUCGUACAACUUGACCAUUUCAGUAAAAUUAAGAUAUCGACGUACUAAACGUCUCCAGCACACUCUGUAAAACCGGUACCAAUAUUUCCUACACCUUAUAAUGAGAGUCAGGCAUGAAGUGGUAUCGUCAUGCAGUACAGCCACGAAUGGAAAAGCAAGGAGAAUAAUAAACGUGGCAAGUUCGUGUUACGAACUACGAUGUCGCGCUACGAUUCGUGUUUGAAUCGUAGCGCGAAAACCUACACGGGACAAAAUAAAUAACAGAGCGACCGGACAGCACUUUGUCUGGUCGUUGUGUGUCUUUAUUUCAUCAUGCGUAGAUAUUCGCGCUAUCCUUCAAACACGAAUACACUAUGCCCCUUGCAGGAACCAAAACACGACCGACAGUGGCGCGUUUCUUUACACAUUAUAGCAGCCGCAGGUGCGAGACACAGGAGCGAGAGGGGACUAAGCGACGCUUACAUAGCGCCCCCCCCCCCCCCCACACACACACACACACCCGCACACACAAAUAAACCGCCAAGAUUUCCUGCACCGCGCGCAACCAGGCGGAGGCUGCCAGAGGGGCAGGCGUUUUCUCGGACGUGUCACAAUAACUGUCACUGCACCGCGGCGCAAACGAAAGGAAGUGGCCAUGCAUGGAAGCGGCAACGGGUGGGCGAGUGCGGGCAUGAGGCAGAAAACGAAGCUUCUUCCGACGAACGGACUUCUCGCCCAUUGCCGUUCCUUCCUUCCUUCUUUUUUUUCUUUCUGCCUCGCGACUGCGUCGGCUCCGACUGACUGACCGCGCUGCCGGCCGCUUCACGAGCGCUAGGGGUGCCGGCCAUUUGUCACUGUCCGUCGCUAUUGGUCACCGUGGCGUUAACGUCAGCGCGCUCGCCGCGGUGGCCCCAGCCAAAGGCAGCAGCGCCUCCCUGCUCCCACAAACCUCUUUUUUUUUUUUUUCCCGAGGCGGCAAAGGCGCCUGUCUGCUCUACAGAGAACGAAGGAAGCUAGCUUGCUAGGACUCGCAGCAUUGCGUGGCCACAGGAAAAAGAAGAGCCCGGUGGACGCUAAGGGGAGCAGGCGGGAGGUGGAGGGUGGGCAACGUUGGCUGAGCGACGAGCGAGACGAAAUCAAAAGAGAGAGGGGGGGGGGG